UCUUCUUCUUCUGUGCCACGGCAUCAAUGGGGUUGGGGUGGAAAGACGAUGAAAAGCCACAUGUUUUGGCUGUCGAUGAUAGUUUGGUGGACCGCAAAAUCAUUGAAAAAUUGCUCACCAACUCUGCAUGCAAAGUGACUACUUCAGAAAACGCACAUGGUGCAUUGGAGCUGUUGGGGCUUGCUGAUGGACAACAAAACUUCGGCAACAUUGUUUCGAAUGUUAACAUGAUCAUCACUGAUUACUCUAUGCCGGGAAUGACCGGUUAUGAGCUUCUGAAAAAAAUUAAGGAUUCGCCAACCGUGAAGGAGAUACCAGUAGUUGUUGUAUCAUCUGAGGACAUACCUACUCGAAUCGAGAAGUGCCUUGAGGAAGGAGCCGAAGAGUUCUUUCUGAAGCCUCUCCGGCAAUCGGACGUCAUAAAAUUGCAAUGCCGUUUGAAGGAAUUCGGAAACCCUAGCGAUGAAGGGGAAGAUGACCUCUAUAAGGACAUUUAAUAUACAAGAACAGAAUCCCAAA